UUCAAGGUCAUAAAGCAACCAUAAUAUAUCUCACCUCGUCCCAGUCAUACCAACACUUUCCUUCUGUCCCUUCUUGAAGAAACGGGCGGUUACAUCUCAGGUUUUCAUUCAAAAUCUGCAACUCUAUCUUCUUCUGCGAUCACAUUCCUGCUGCAAUGGUUCCUAACCCAUCCCAGAACUCCCCUUGGCCAGCUGUGACACCUCCACCAUCGCCAUCAAAACGAAAGAGGGAACCUAAUGUGGGAUCGUCUUGGUACCCAUCGCUGGAAAAGAGACAAGGAACCACCAUCUCGAACUAUAGUGCUGUCCAGGCCGCCAAGACUACAUGUGAACUAUACGCUGAUAAUAGUCAGGUGACUUGCUAUCCAGAAGCAGGUGAAAUCGUGUAUCAGCAUGACUGGGCAGCCCUUGUUUGGAAUAGCAGACGGCCGCAACUCACGCAGCUCAACAUCGUCCAAAUAUACUUGUUUAAUGCCGAUACGAACGAACCCAUCUUCAAUUACACUACAACGAAUCCAACUGGUAACGCCGGCGAGAAUAGUACGGAAGUAGACGAUACCUGGUUCGGAGACAAAGGCAAUUCGUGGACGCCAGGGCAGAAUUUCUCAUAUCCAUUUUAUUGGAUUGUGACCAAUCAGAAUGGCCUGGAUGGCUCUCAGACCACCAAUCCCACGUUCACAGCUAUUCAAACCACGUAUUUAGAUGCUGUUGUUUCUUCCAUGCAAUCUUCGUCAUCUGCAGCCGCCGCGUCGUCAUCCCUCGCCGCCGCAUCAUCAUCAUCUGCGUUGGCAUCUAGCUUACAUGGAUCGUCAUCUGGGAUAUCGUCGUCAACUCCAUCGGGAAGUGUUCAAUCAAACAACGCAAAUGCAGGUUUUCCUCAUUGGGCAAUAGCAGUUAUUGUGGUACUGGGAUUUCUCGCCAUCGCAGCCGGGGGCGUCUUAGUUUGGUUAAUUAUGCGCCGCCUACGAAGACGUGAGCAGCUCUCGAAUCGAGGGUCCAUGGGUUCUUCGUCUCCGAUGAUGGCUAACGCCCAGAACUCCAACUCUCCUCAACUACCGUUGUUGGGUGCUGGUUUGGUGGGUGCGGUGGCAGGCCGGACAUCGUCAGAACAACAUCGUCCUGCAUCUAUCGUAUCUCCGGAUGGUGCAUCUGAUGUCUCACGGACACACUCGGCAGGUGACACCGGCCCAUUUUCAGGAGCCGAUGCAGCCAUCAUGGCGGAUGCAUUUAGGAAGGCACUACGCAAACCUGAUUUUGCAGGGCCCCCUGUCGAGGAGGCCGAGGAACACAGGGAUGAUGCGAUCAUGAAUCGUGAAUUGGCAGAAGAAGGGCGGGAUAUACGUAGUGUUAGCUCAUCACGAGGAGUUAGAGUGGAAACUCUGAGCGAGGCUGGUGACACAGUGCAAGAUCACUAGGAUUUCUUGUGCGCUUUAUUUUAUUUUAUUUUACUUUCGGCUUCUCAACGUUGGUUGUAUAUUUUCUCGGAUACCUGUUGCAGUCUUCACGUUGUUGUCACCCCUUCAUCACCGUGUAGUUUGCCCCUCUACUUGCCCUUCUGACCCGCAUAAGUCCACUUCUCUAGUCUCCGCUUUUCCACCCACCACCCACCACCCUCUUCGUACCUUCUUC